GAGUAUAGAGGCCGCCCGGCCAGUCGACGGUCGGCAUCAUCAUGGUCACGACCAAGAUUGCCCUGGCGCUUUGCCUAACCCUCCCGGCGUCGAGUGGAACGCUGGAUGUCACAAGAGGAGAGGGAAGGACACUGCUAGAGACCGUUCCCGGUGGAUUCGAGUCGUCGGCUACAGGCGGAAAAGUGUUCGCCAUGGAACAGAUCAGGACUUUCGAAGGUCCAAGGGUUGACUUUGACGCCGCGGAGAUAUUACCAGGUCCCCCGCCGGCCGAUGAAGAGAUGUGCGAAAAGUGGGCGGUGCUCACUUCAAUUUUCGAGCCCACGGAGACGGUCAAACAGCUUGCGGAAUUGAGAGGGUGGUGCGUCGUCGUCGUAGGCGACAAAAACGGGCCAGCGGAGUACCACGUCACCGGAGUGAAGUAUCUCACUCCAGGCGAUCAAGAUGCCUUGCCUUACCGCAUCACAGAGAUUCUACCGUGGAAUCAUUUUGGUCGGAAGAACGUCGGAUACAUGUACGCGAUUCAGCACGGGGCUAAGGUAAUCUAUGAUGUGGACGAUGACAAUGCGCUUAUUCACCCCGAGGAAGGAGUACCCCACGCAGGCGUCUCCUCCAUUGAGGACAACGUGCUGUCCCGCUUCUCCGGCCACCCUUCAUCCUCCGUGCACAACCCUUACGGGUGUUUCGGGGCGCCGGGCGUCUCGUGGCCCAGAGGGUACCCACUGCCCGCGAUCCAAGACGAUAGCCCCCACCACGCCGCGUACUGCGAUGUUGAUGGGAUCAGUGGCUCCCGCAUCGGAGUAGUGCAGGCACUGGCCAAUCACGAUCCGGACGUAGACGCAAUCUACCGCCUUACCCACCCACCCGGAGGACUGCCAUUUAGCUUCAACCCAGGGGCUCCAGGCACACCCGAAAGUACACUACGGGGUGUCCCUGCAGACAAAAUGACUCCGUACAAUGCACAGGCGACACUUCACUUUCCGGUGGCUUUUUGGGGUAUGUUGCUACCCGUGACGGUGCACGGAAGGGUUAGUGAUAUCUGGCGAAGCUACUUCACGCAAGCGCUCCUGCCCUUGGCCAACGCGGUACCCGUCUUCGCUCCUGCUUGGGUGGAACAGAUAAGGAAUCCACACGACUACUUGGGCGAUUUUCAGGCCGAGUUGCCUCUCUACGAACGGGCCAGUACGCUGGUGGAGUUUCUCCUCGGGUAUGCCGACGAGAAGGGCGCCUCGAACUCUGGAGGAUUGACUUGGUCUCUGGUGGAGGACUUGGCCGUGACGAUGUAUGAAUACGGCAUCGUUGACGAGGAGGACGUCGUGCUGACGCAGGCUUGGUUGCAGGACCUCCGAGACUCCGGGUACGAUCUUGAAGAUGUUACCGGCCAACAAGGACAUCCACUGCAAGUACCCGUGCACCAGGGUGGUUCGCCGUCGUCGUCAGCGAUCGAACCUUUGGAUUCGCGCGCUCAUGUGAUGCUCGUGAUUGCCGUGGUCUCUGCGAGGCCUGACCGGAGGCAUGCAGUACGCCAGUCAUGGUUAACGUGGGAAGAUGAACGGGUGGAAGUUCGUUUUUUUGUGGAGAAGCCGGAGCCAGGAUCGGCUGACGACACCUCCUUGGCGCAAGAGUCGGCAGCUCACGGCGAUAUCGUGAUGAUGGAUAUCGAUCCUGGCAUGAACUUCGGUCUCAAGCUAGUGUGGGCGUUGCGCUGGAUGUCGGAUGAGUUCACGUUCGAUUUCUUCCUUCGCCUCGACGACGACUACUUCCUCUGCCUCAGGCGCCUUCUCGACGAGCUAGAGAUCGCCCGUGCUGUGGCAGAGGCCCCACUGAGAAUUUACGGAGGCUUGGUGAUGUGCAAUGUUUACCACAUGACAAGAAUAGACGAGGCGUAUAUGCUCUUGUCUGAAGACCUUGUGCGUCGAGUCGUGGACACUCCCGAUCUUCAAUGCGCUAGUGACGCGGGGACAACUGCUUCAUGGUGGUUUGCAGAGGGGCAUCCACUAAACCAGCUGGGUGAUGUGAAAUGGGUGAACGAUCCAAGGCUUGAUCAUUUUGGAAAAAUCAUUGACGGCCCCCCGGAGCUCUUCGCUGAUGUCUGUGUUGCGCACAUGGGAGUUCAUCACACCUAUCCCGAACAGAUGGGAAUCUUCUGGGAGGCCGCGAAGGACAAGCCUGGACCUGCGCCAGCUGAAACCGGCGACGGGACCUUCAUCUUGAGCUAUGUCUCCGACGAUACUUGCAAGGACACUGGUCCAGUCACUGACGAAUUGUUUAGAAGCGGUAGGUUCGAGGGUCAGUCUUGUGACACCUUCAAAUCGAACAACAAAAUCACGAUUUGGUGCGGAAAACAAGGAUGCUGAACCGCACCAGUGUACGUCGUACAGUACCGCCGAAAUUCGUCGUUGAAGUGGACGAUGGGUACCCCGGGAGGACACGCAGGUGUCGACGGUACGAUGCGUCAGUGUGCCGAUGGCGGUAUUUGGGAUGUUUUAUAGCGGUUGUUUUAUUCUUUUGUGCAGUGUUGUUGCUGUUUCUGUUUUAUUCGAGGUGUGGGAGAAACCGUCAGCAUCCAAGAACCCAAAUCGGCAUAGGCUGUUUAUACGGCGUAGGCCUGGUCAGCCAGAAUGUGGAUGCUCGAUGCGACGGCCUGAUGUAGGGUCUGAGAUUCCUCGGAUAGGGUUUUCAGUGAGGCGUCCGGCGACCAGAUUCUCGUUGCCGAGUAGACUGCCCUUUUCUCUGUUGGCACCCACGCAAGCGAUGAACACACGCAAAAGUCUUGUUGGGUGGUUGAGCACACAUAGAAAGCGCUGUUGGAUGAAUACUUCCUGGAAAUAUUCCCCCUCGUUCGCCUCCUAUGACGUGUACACUGCGCUGUUUCCUAUCUGGAGUACAAGCUAAAUUCUUGGUGAUUCGUGUCUUGUCUGUACUUGAAAUUAGGCUCGAUAUCUCUUUGUUCCUUGUUCCCGGUAUCUUUGACCUUUACAGCACGUUCAAUUAUACGUCGAAGAAGGGCAGCAGCGUGAAGAGGAGUACGGCAUUGCGUAUCCUUGUUGACUCUCCAGCUGAGCCUCUUGUGUUGUAUUUCCCUGGUCGCCGUCGUUGGCGAACUGCCCACAACGCCUCUUUGAUUUAUAUAUAGUCGAGAAUAAUCCAAACGGCCCCGGGUU